CUGUGCACCGUAAAUUCCGUCAGGAGUGUAUGCCAGAGUAGUAGUUUAAUUUUAGAAAUGCUUGUUUUCCAAAUGCGUAAAAUGUAACCAGCAAAGUCCUGCUUUUAAUGCAUUACGUUACCUACGGAAUAUCAGGACAUUGUGGGCGGUUCAAAGAAUACCAAUUAAAUUGACAAACUUUGUUUAAGUUUUAACUAAUGGCAAAGAAAAAAUGUGUUGCACAAUACAACGACGAUACAGGGGAGCAGAGCCCUGUUUCAACCCAUCAUGAGUCGACCCAGGAGGAUGAUAGACUGUCUGAAGGUGACAGCCAAUCCUUAAAUGGGACAUCAGCACAACAUGACCAGGGCAUUUACUCUCCAAAUAAUGAGGCACAAAGCACAGCUUUCUUUCUGUUGGUGGUGUUGCUCUCUUUUUCCACACGCCUUUACAAAAUCAUGGAACCCCCUCAUGUAUGCUGGGAUGAAACCCACUUUGGGAAAAUGGGGAGUUACUACAUUAACAGGACCUUCUUCUUUGAUGUCCACCCACCACUUGGCAAAAUGCUGAUCGGGCUAGCUGGGUACAUGACUGGCUACGAUGGCACCUACCCUUUCCUUAAACCUGGGGACAAAUAUGAGCACCACAACUACUGGGGGAUGAGAGGGUUCUGUGCAUCUCUGGGCUCCUGUCUGCCCCCCUUUGCCUACCUCACAGUGCUGGAGUUGUCCCAGUCCCCGACAGCUGCCCUCAUCACUGCUGCAGUGCUGGCCUUUGACACUGGCUGCAUAACCAUCUCUCAGUACAUCCUUCUCGACCCCAUUCUCAUGUUCUUUAUAAUGGGAGCAGUGCUCAGCAUGGUCAAGUUUAAUCGACAGAGAUAUAGGCCCUUUAGCGCACCCUGGUGGUUCUGGCUGGUACUGACAGGGGUGAACCUGUCUGGGGCUCUGGGGGUUAAGUUUGUGGGGCUGUUUGUCAUCCUGCUGGUGGGAAUGAACACAGCCUGGGACCUGUGGAGUUUGCUGGGGGAUCUGCGCCUCUCUCUGAUUGAUUUUGGGAAGCACGUGUUGUCCAGGGUGUUUGGGCUUAUCCUGCUUCCCCUGUUCCUGUAUGUUACAAUAUUUGCAGUCCACUUUGUUGUCCUGAACAAAAGCGGUCCAGGAGAUGGCUUCUUCAGCUCUGCUUUUCAGUCCCGUCUGAUUGGAAACAACCUACACAAUGCAUCCAUGCCUGAGUACCUGGCAUAUGGCUCUAUCAUCACUGUGAAGAACCUGCGUAUCGCUGGAGGAUACCUCCACUCUCACUGGCAUCUGUACCCAGAGGGUGUCGGAGCAAAGCAGCAGCAGGUCACAGCAUACCUCCAUAAGGACUAUAACAACAUGUGGCUGGUGCAUAGAUCCAAUGACCGUGAUGCACAAUCAGGAGAACCUGACCUUGUUCGUCAUGGUGACAUUAUUCAAUUGGAGCACAAAGAGACUACCCGUAACCUUCACAGUCACCUUCACGAGGCACCUCUCACUAAAAAACACUUCCAGGUCACAGGCUAUGGCAUCAAUGGAACAGGUGACCCUAAUGACCUGUGGCAGGUGGAGGUGUGUGGGGGUCGGAAGGGCGACCUGGUCAAGGUGUUACGCAGCAAAGUACGCUUCCUGCACCGAGCAACUGGCUGUGUGCUCUACUCCUCUGGCAAGACUCUCCCCAAAUGGGGCUGGGAACAGGUGGAGAUUACAUGUAGCCCAUAUCUGAAGGAGACCCCAAACUCUCAAUGGAAUAUUGAGGAUCAUAUCAAUGCCAAAUUGCCCAACAUUAGCCUUUCAGUGCUGAAGCCCCACUUCCUGGAGAUAUUGCUGGAGUCCCACAUCGUUAUGAUCAGGGGUAACAGUGGGUUGAAGCCCAAAGACAAUGAAAUGAACUCUAAACCCUGGCAUUGGCCAAUCAACUACCAGGGAUUGAGGUUCUCUGGAGUGAAUGAGACUGAAUACCGUGUCUACCUGUUAGGGAACCCUGUGAUCUGGUGGCUGAACCUGGUCAGUCUGGGCCUGUAUGUGGUUAUGGUGGCAGUGGCCUCUCUGGCCCUCCGCAGAGGAGUCCAGCUGGACAAGAGAAGAAUAGAGCAUUGUCGCGUGCUGAUGGAAGGUGGAGGGCUGCUGCUCCUGGGCUGGUUGCUGCACUACGUACCCUUCUACACCAUGGGCCGCAUCCUCUACUACCACCACUACUUCCCUGCCAUGCUCUUCAGCAGCAUGCUAACAGGGAUUACUUUGGACACCCUGCUGCAGAGUGCUGACCUAUGGCUCCGCCCACCCUAUUCUCACUGGCUGCUCAGAGGAGGACAGGCAAUGCUAUUCCUGGCCAUCCUUGAUAGCUUUUACAUGUUUCACCCUCUGUCCUAUGGUAUGAGAGGGCCGCUGGCCCAUGACCCUGAUAGUACCAUGGCUGGCCUGAAGUGGAUGGACUCCUGGGAGUUUUAGGCAGGUGAACAGUCAGGAAGAGUUCUGACUGGCAUAGUGAUGUAUCAGUGGUAUUUUAGCAGACAUGCAAGUGUCUGUUUCUUAUACACUAUGUGAACUUCAGUAUUUUUCAUAAUGUGCAUAGCUAUGGAUUGUUAAAUAUUUAACAUUAAAGUAUUUUAUAUAGUCAGUUACGUCCAAAUAUUUCUAAGUGUUUUAAUUCAACAUUGAAAACUGAAUAUUUUAGUGACUUUCUACACUUGAAUUGCGCAGCAGUGCAUUGUGAAACAAUACUAAGAACAGAAUAUACUGUUAACAAUCAUAGCCUACUCUUUUUGUGUUGGGAGAUAAAAACGUGAUAAAUACAUUCAUGUGCAUUAGGUGGAUGUUGAAAUGUGUGAAUGAUGUGUUUAUUUAAUUGAGACCGUUAGUGACGUCUAAUGAUGUCUAUUGUACUGCCUUAACAUGUUUUAGUUUUUUCUUGACUGAGUUGCAAUAAUGAGCUAAGUGCCUAGGGACUAAAUCAAUUUUAAAUACUUAUGGGAAUCUAAUAUUCUAAUUUAAAAGUUUUAUGAUGGGAAUGAGAACCUGUUUCCGUUACAUUAUAACAAAUUAUCUUGUAAUGUUUUCUCGAUCUUAGUGUGCACAGUAUUGUAUACAUCUUUGGCAAGAUACCGUGCUUUUAAUGACUGUUCGUUCCGCAUUUUGCUUUCCCAAAGAAAGGAAUCUGUUACUUUUCAAUACAACUCUCCAAACAACCUUUGUAUAUAGUGCACAUUCAUUGCCUUUUGUUUAUCCUGCGGUGUCCUAUAUAUAUAUAUUUUUUUGCAAUGUGUGAUCUUAUUUCAUGUGUGGGUAUGAUUUUAAUAAUUUGUUUGUUUUUUUGCAUUUGUGACAAGUUUACAGACAUGAUCGUCAUACUUCUCAAAUACAGAAAAGCACCACAAUGUCA